AUGGCCACACCUGAGAACCUCUCAUUCAUCCUCCAGGGCGUCCACAAGGUUACCUUUGAAGACCGCCCAAUUCCCGAGCUGAAAGAACCUCACGAUGUGCUCAUCAACGUCAAGUACACCGGUAUCUGCGGCAGUGAUGUGCACUACUGGGAAGAAGGAUCGAUUGGUCCAUUUGUUGUGACAGACCCCAUGGUCCUCGGACACGAGUCAGCAGGCGUCAUCACCCAAGUCGGCUCGGCCGUCCAGUCCCUCAAGGUAGGCGACCGGGUCGCCAUGGAGCCCGGCAUCCCCUGCCGCCGAUGCGAGCCCUGCAAGGCCGGAAAGUACAACCUGUGCGAGCACAUGAGAUUCGCCGCGACCCCGCCCUACGACGGCACCCUGGCCAAGUACUAUGUCCUCCCCGAGGACUUCUGCUACAAGCUCCCCGAGCGCAUCUCCCUACAGGAGGGAGCGCUCAUGGAGCCUCUCAGUGUCGCGGUGCACAUUGUGCGCCAAGCUAGAGUCAGCCCGGGCCAGUCGGUGGUGGUAUUCGGUGCCGGCCCUGUUGGCUUGCUGUGCUGCGCCGUGGCGACUGCGUUCGGUGCCUCCAAGGUCAUCGUCGUAGAUAUCCAACAGAAGCGUCUUGACUUUGCUAAGGACUACGCCACGACGGCGACAUUCAUGCCUAAAAAUGUCCCGGCCACUGAGAACGCUGAGCGUCUGAGACAGGAGAAUGGGCUCGGCCUUGGUGCCGAUGUUGCUAUUGACGCUUCGGGCGCUGAGCCUUCCGUGCACACGGGCAUCCAUGUCCUGCGCAACGGAGGCACAUACGUACAGGGUGGCAUGGGCCGCAGCGAGAUCAUAUUCCCCAUCAUGGCGGCUUGUUCUAAGGAGCUGACCAUCAAGGGUAGCUUCCGAUAUGGUAGCGGGGACUACAAGCUUGCCGUUGGGCUGGUUGCGUCCGGCAGUGUCGAUGUCAAGAAGUUGAUUACCGAUACAGUGAAGUUCGAGGAUGCUGAGAAGGCCUUUGUUGAGGUCAAGGCUGGCAAGGGCAUUAAGACCUUGAUUGCUGGCAUUGAUGUAUAA